AUGUCGAAUUCUGAUGAAAGAGAUAUUGUUGAAACUGUUAGAACAGUGAGGACGAAUCUCAGAUAUCAGAAGAUGCAAGACAAUAAAAAUAAAGAAGUAAUAUCUAGAUAUAUCCAUAAAAUUGAAGAAAAUCAAUUAAGUGAACCAGAAAACAUUGAUGAAUUUGUUGCAAAAGCUGACGAAUUGACUAAAAGACCAAAAAUUUUGAAGCAUAACAUUGAAAAUAAAACUAUGAAGAAAGUUUUUACCAAAUGGGAAAAUAAAACGAAACAAAAGGAUAAAAAAACCGAGGUUGACAAAGUGAAACUUGUUGACGAAGACCAAAAUAAGUCAAUUAAACUGUUAUCUCCAAGAAAAUCAAGAAAACCAUCAGAUAUUAAACGAAAAACUCUUCCAAAAAGAACAAACCCUAUUAUAUCUACUACAGUUAAGAAAACAAAACCAAUUCCUAUUUCAAAAACGUCUAGAAAAUCAGAUUCUUCAAUUCAAGGGAAAUCUGAAACUAUUACAAGCCAACAAACUCAGUUAGAUGCUAGUACAAUUGAUGUAAAACAAUUUCCAACAGAUCUCUUUGAAAUUUAUCAACAAAAAUAUUUACAAGCUCCAACAAAAAAGGAAGCCUCAGUGCACAAAUACAUUUCGGAUAUGCUUCAGAUAGCUUCAAGUGGAAGUGAUGACGAAUUUGUAGAAUUUCAAAGAAAAAAAGUUUUUGGAGAAAAUCCGCCAAAUGAAAUGCUAUUUGGUCCGACAAACAAUAACUCAGAUGAUGAUUUCAUGCAUUCUCUUAGUAAAGUUAUCGGAAUUAAAGCAAAAGUCGAAAAAGAAAAUGAUUCCGAAGAAUCUGAAAUAGAACCUUUUGAAUUUAAGAAUAUCGGAAGCUCAGAUGAUGAUUAUGAUGAUGAAAGAUCAGUUCCAAUUAAAAAUAGUCGGAAAUCUAGAUCAAGUCUACUUGGAAAUGGAAUAAACAAGCCAUCUGAAGGACAAAGGAAUCUUAAAAAGGAUAUUCUUCAAGAUGUUCUUGACCAAAUCUCAGAUUCAUCAGACGACAUAGAUUCUAAUGACUUCUUUAAAUUAAAUAUUGAAAAUUCCUCGAAAUCCUCGACUUCUUCAUUUAUUUUUGAUAAUCCUUUAAGAAGUGAUCACAGUGAUACUGAUAUGCAGAAAACUUCUUCUGAAAGCAUUUCACAAGAAAAGAUUAACAAAUCUGAACAGAAAACUACAAAAAUAGAAACAUCUUCAGAUGAAAUCAUAGUUCCUAUAAUGAAGAAUACUACUUCCAGAAGAAAAAGUCGUGCUUCUCAAACAAAUGAUUCGAUAUCCACAAUUUCACGAGCUUCUUCAUUCAAAAUACCUCCUAAAGAUAUUGAUAGCGAUGAUACUUCCACAAAUUCUGUUUCAAAAUCCAAAAAUAUUCAGAAAUCUGAAAAAUCAUAUAAUACAAGUGAUUCAGAAGAAGAUUUGCAUAAAAAUAUAAGUCCAACAUAUUCAUCAAAUGAUGUUAAUAUCCAUGAAACCAAAGAAACAUAUGAAUUCAGUUCACCAAUGAAAUUUAACACAAUCAAACACAGUUUUUCAGAUGGAUAUGCUUCAAGUAGCAAAAGUCCCAAUAUCAGAACAAAACAAUGGGACGAAUGGGUCCAAAAUCAGAUUAAUCAGAUUGGAAAAAGUCUUGGAACAACAGAAAAUGAAGGAACUCAUGAUGAAAGUGGAAUUGCUCCAUCAGAAAAGUCAAUUAAAUCAGAUGAUUUCGAUAAUGAUAUUGAAGAUAUUCCAAACAGCAAAUCAUCAGCAGAAGAUAAAACUAAUGUCAAUGAUUUGACAAAUAAUCAACUUCUUGAUGUUGAUUUAGAGGAAUAUUCAAAUGAAAAUGCUGAUGAUGAAAAUCAAGAACAGGAUUAA